CGCAGGCUUGUUAUUUAUUCCUGAAUAAUUCUCACUCCAGACUGAACUCAAAAUCUGGCAGCCCUGUUUGAAGUAAUUUAUAGUUUUAGGCUCUCUGAACAACAUUUAUAAAAUACACUAUAGCCUACAAGUUAAUUAUAGAUAUUUUGCUCCAACCACUGGUUAUUGUGAUAAUGUAGAUAAAUGUAGCUAAUGUAGGGUAAUGUGAAGUAAUCAGCAAUCGUAGGAUUUAUUAAUGCUUUUUAAAUGCCAGGUUGGAGUUAUAUACUGAUUUUCUGUCAUGGUCUAUGGACCCCCUGAAUUAGCCUUGGCCACCCCAUGUAUAAAACUCUAGCUUCGCCACUGCAUAAAUGGUCACAUUUCAGGCCAGCAUAAAUGAAGCAUAAUUUUUUUCCAAAUGUGAACCUUUGAAUAUUUGCUAGUUAAAAACAAGUGUUUUGUAAACGUUGUAAUUAUAUUUAAAUUGAAAGCAGAUAAAUUAUAUGUCAUAAAGGUGCUACUUUUGCCGUAUUAUUUCUCCCCUAUUGGCGCUUCACUCUCCAGUCCAGCGGGAGGCGCUAAGAGGCAUACGUUUGUUUGCAAACCACCAUUAAACCUCAGAGGAGGAAGAUUAGUUCAACCGCGCUCUCUGUUGUUUUGUCGUGAUGCUCGCUUAAUACUAACUGUAAGAAAUUUAACGGUAACGUUAGUGUUCAAAAAGAUUUUGAAUCCAUUCAAAAAAAUGUUUUUAUUAUUGUCCUCUCAGUAAGCAGAUAUAUCUGGAAGAGUAACAACUGAACUGAGAUCUGCUGCUGUGUAGAUGGAGUUUGUUAAAGAAGAGAUUGAAGAGAACACGAGAGAACCAGAAACCUGGAGAAUAAAACACGACGAACCAGAAACCUGGAGAAUAAAACACGACGAACCAGAAAACUGGAGAAUAAAACGCGAGGAACCAGAAACCUGGAGAAUAAAACACGAGGAACCAGAAACCUGGAGAAUAAAACACGAGGAACCAGAAACCUGGAGAAUAAAACACGAGGAACCAGAAACCUGGAGAAUAAAACACGAGGAGCCAGAAACCUGGAGAAUAAAACACGAGGAACCAGAAACCUGCAGAAUAAAAUACGAGGACCAAGGUCUGAUGAAAGUGAAAGAGGAAAGACAAGAUCUGAAUGAAGUGGAGGAGAAGCAUCAGGAUCAGAAAGAUCAUGAUUUCAACACUGGAGAAAAAUCUGUGAGUUUCUCUAAAACUGAAAAUGGCAACAUUCAGAUAACCGAGGUCAAAAAGCCUUUCGGCUGCUGUCAGUGUGGAAAGACGUUCAAACUGAAAAGUAGUCUUAUGAACCACAUGUUAGUUCAUGCUGGAAUAAAACCUUUUACCUGUUCUGAGUGUGGAAAAAGUUUCACGCAGAGAAAACGACUCACUGUGCAUGUGCGUAUUCACUCUUCUGAAAAGCCUUUCAGCUGCUCUCAGUGUGGAAAGACGUUCAAACUGAAAAGUAGUCUUAUGUACCACAUGUUAGUUCAUGCUGGAAUAAAACCAUUCACCUGUUCUGAGUGUGGAAGGAGUUUCACACAGAAAAAACAACUCAAUGAGCAUGUGCGUAUUCACUCUUCUGAAAAACCUUUCACCUGUUCUGAGUGUGGAAGGAGUUUCACUCUGAAAAAACAACUCAAUUUGCAUGUGCGUGUUCACUCUUCUGAAAAGCCUUUUAGCUGCUCUGAGUGUGGAAACACUUUCAAACUGAAGAGAAGCCUUAAGUACCACAUGUUAGUUCAUGCUGGAAUAAAACCAUUCACCUGCUCUGAGUGUGGAAAAAGUUUCACACAGAGAAAACGACUCAAUGAGCAUGUGCGUAUUCACUCUUCUGAAAAGCCUUUCGGCUGCGCUCAGUGUGGAAAGAGUUUCACUCUGAAAACUCAACUCAAUAAGCAUGUGCCUAUUCACUCUUCUGAAAAGCUUUUCAGCUGCUCUCAGUGUGGAAUGAGUUUCACACGUAAAGCAAGCCUUAAUGAUCACAUGAUAAUGCAUACUGGGAAAAAUCCUUUCAACUGCUCCCAGUGUGGAAAGACUUUCAAACAGAAGAGAUACCUUGUGCACCACAAGUUAAUUCAUGCUGGAAAAAAGCCUUUCUGCUGCUCUCAGUGUGGAAAGAGUUUUACACACAAAAAAAAUCUCAAUGAGCAUGUGUUUAUUCACUCUUCAGAAAAGCCUUUCACCUGCUCUCAGUGUGAAAAGAGUUUCACACGUAAAGCAAGCCUGAAGAAUCACAUGUUCAUUCACAGUGGAAUAAAGCCUUUUGUCUGCUCACAGUGUGGAAAGAGUUUCAUUCAGAAAGUUCAACUCAAGAUUCAUUUGAUAACUCACUCUUCGGAAAAGUCUUUCACCUGAUCUCAGAGUGGAAACCAUUUCAGUCGUAAAGAAUGCCUUAAGAUUCACAUUGAUCCAUAAAAGCCUUUUACUUGCUCUCAGUGUGGAAUCAGUUUUUCCUAUAAGCAAGGAUUUAAUUUUCACAUGAGAAUUCACAAUGAAGCAGAGUUGUCCGUGUGAGAAGAUUUGGAAAGCUGGUGUCAGAACUCCUCUUCAUCGCAAUCACUGUGCCAUGAGGAAAUUGAACUGAUCUGGAUGGAGAUUUCUAAGGAUUGUCUCUAAUGCUGGGCAGUAAUACUGUUUCACACCGAAUACUGGUGUUUAUUUUUCGUAUGAUAUCAACUUUUAAAAUACCGGAAUACCUUUGUCGUCUAAACAACGUUCGGAACGCGACACUAUUUGAAAGCCGUCACUUCACACAAGCAUGACUUCAGAACUAUAUUUAGCAACUUUCAGACCCAACUUUUUCAACUUUCAGAUUAAUUUGAUUCUGGCUUAAUUUUUUGACCUCAGUUGCAAGGUGGAGGAUUUUCAAUCUAUUCUGUCAUUAUUCAUUUUUGUUUUGCCAAUUUUAUCCUUCAUAACUGUGUUUUUUAUGAGAUGUCCGCUUUUAGGCAUUAAAGGCAUUCAUUUGUUUUGGGGGCAUUUACAAUCAAAUACUGAAAACAUUUUAUGCAUUUUGGUACUUAUUAAGAGUUAAUUUUUCGUUUUUUCCCAGUCACUUUGGCUUAAUUCUUUAAUUGUGAUUUUUAUAAUUAAGCUCUCUUUGAACAAUAUUUUUGGUCAGACAAAUUUGAAUUUCAUAUUAGUUUAAGCAAAUUGCAUUGCUAUGUAUGACUUCUAUGAAAGAAAUGUGUGUAAUAUCAAUUUUCUUUUUACAUGUAAUGCAUUUCUACACAAAUAAAUGUACUGUACAUAUUCAAAUGU